GGGGAGCCCCCGGGCUGCUGGGGGCAGGGCGCUGCCCUCGGCCCCCUCGACCCCCGGUGCGAGCCGCUCGGGGCGGGUGGGUGAAGCACAGAGGGCUAUCAGAGGAAACAGCAACAACAACCAGCAGGCUCCCAGGAAGGAAGCUGAGUUCUUCGGCCGCUGUCGCUCGUCGUUGGGGGAGGGGAAGGGGAAGCGCUGCUGUCACUGCGACGAUGGCAGAUAGGAUAGCUGCUGUGCUGCCGCAUCGCACACUGAAAGGAAUGAGUCACGCUUCAGAGCGGCGAAUUCUUGAAAAAAACGCGGCCUUCUGCUCCACUCUAAGUUGUGUUGUUUUGCAUCGGAGGGCUCCGGCAGUCAGGCAAAAGCCGAUUGUUUGAAACUUCACUGCAGUUUUGGAAGCUUCCCCAAUUUUUGAACCCAGCUGAAUCUGCAGCAUGCUUGCUCCAGGCCCUGACCUGUGGAGCUGCAUCCCAGAGGAAAUCCUCAUCCAAAUUUUCUAUUACCUUUCUCUUCGAGAUAGAUACACAGCCUUCCAGGUGUGCAAGCAGUGGGCUGGGGCUGUUUCUUCCAGCUCCGUUUGGCAUUUCACGGAGAUCAGCUGUGAUUCAGAGGAUGAGGAGGGCAUGCUGCAGAGCCUGUGCCAGUUCCUCAGCCAAAUCAAACACCUGAAGAUUAGAUUUGACCAAUCCAAAGAGGUCAACCGCAGGAACGUGACGCGCAUCUUAGAUGUGCUGGCAAAGCAGAACCACAAGCUGCAGCAGCUGUGCAUUGCGUGCCAUGGGGAGAACCCCUAUUUCUACUCUGGCCAGGACAUCCUGCAGAGCAUACGGAAUAUGUGCAACACUAACAACCAGAUAGAUCUUCAGCAUGUUGAUUUUCGAAAUAUGCCCUUCACUCUCGAUGGGGAGCUUGUUGAACUCCUAGCUACCACCAACCCAAACUUGCAAAGUUUGUUCAUCAACAACCGCACCCUGGUGUGCAAUGUGGCACCGAACACCGUUAGGAAAGUUCUCAGUGUGUGUCCCAAACUUUCAGCCUUGGGGGUCUACUAUGCCAGCCUGUCCAGCGAUGUAUUUCUAGAGCUGCUCAAGCCAGAAAGAGCAGCUUUCACCCAUUUAGACAUUUUCUGUGAGCGGCUGGACAAAUAUAUACCAGUCAUCUCAGAAGAGCUAUGGGCUGCUGUCAGGCAAAAACAUCCUCGACUCUGUGUAGACCUCGAAUUCGAUCAUACGGUCCCUGGCUGCACAAUACCACAGAUCCUAAAGCUGAACAUACCUGUGAGCAUGCUGCAACUGAACACCUACAAUUACAUGGUAGAUCAGAUUAGGUUUGUCACCCAGAGCUACAGCAGUACUCUGAAGAAGCUGACGCUACAAACCACAUCCUCGGAGGACUUGAAUUCCUCGCUAGUAGAGCUGGCUAGGCACUGCCAUAAUCUGCUGGAGAUCCACUGCUACUGUGUGGUCAGCAAGGAGGUGGUGGAAGCGUUCCUCACGCAUUGCCCCUGUCUGAAACAAUAUACUCUCAAGGUCACCAAAGAACGGCACCCCUGGAAACCAGUGACAGUUCGGUGACCGGAUCACCUGUUCAGCAGAUGAAGCAUUUAUUCUCAAAUGUGAUAGGUCAAUGGCCAUACAAAGAAAUUGAAUUACCUAUUUUUAAUUUUUCUUUAUUGGAAUGGGGAGGACAACUCUUUUCUCUUCUUUGUGUUCUCUAUUUAGCAAUAGUGGGAAUGCCGAGUUCACCCUUUGUGAAGUUUUACAGGAAAUCACAGUGAAAUUUAAUUUUUGUGUUAUGCUUUAAGCAAAUCUCAAAGUCAAGCACACCGUGUCAGGCACCCAGCAACUAUUUAAGGAAGUGGCAGCUUCAGUGCAGGUGUUCUGUGUCUGUUGGGGUCCUUAGCCACAUGGGUUCACCUAUAGCAACAGGCAGUGGUUAUCUGAUGGAAAAUGCCCUCCAACCUUGAUAAUUUCUCUUUUGACAUUUCUGUGAUGAAGAACUCUCCUGGUACCCAGGUAUCAGGUAACCUCCACUUUGUAACAGUCUAAACAGGAGCUGAGUUAUGUUGGAAAAUGUAAGCAGGAGAAAAAGCACUUAAGAAAGAGCACUGGUAAGAUCAUAAGAAAAGGCACGUAGUCUGCAAGUAUCCUUCUCUGUCCUUUCUUUCUCAGAAAUGCACAUUUUCAGGUAUUUGAAUGCCUUUGGCAAAGACCUUUGCUUUCACUGCAUUGUUAAUGUUUCUUAGGAGAAUCAACAGCGUUUACAGUUUUUCCUGUCUCAGUCAGCAGCAAAUGGCAAAGGUAUCGUGCCUCUGAAUUAGGAUGAGCGUGUUGGUUGGUUGUGCCAAGGAUUCUGAUGAGCUGUGAUUUGAAGAGUAGUUUCGAAUUUUAAAUGGUCCUGGCAUAAAGCUCCCUUUGCAAGCAAAUAUUUAGAGCAAUCUAAAGGAUUUUGAGUGAUAACAAUAAAAGCAUGUUUUCUCGUA